AAUGCUAAUCUGUUAUAUAACAAUUUAUUUAUGGAUAAUAAAUCUUGGCAGCAAUCCUGUACAUGUUGCCGAUGCAAAUCUAUUAUUGGUUGCAACAUCAUUAUUUGAAAAAUUACGUGCAAAAACAUCAAAAUUAUCACAUCAAUGGCUUUCGGAUCAUCAAAAACGUACCAAUUAUAAUCAUAGACAAUCCAAAUCAUUGACAACAAUACCGAUGCCAAUUUUUUCUGAUCAGGCUAUUUUCGGUCCACCGAUUAUUCCACCAAUUGGUAUUCCAGUAUUUGAACCGAUUCAUGAUGAAAAUCGACAACUACAGCAGCAGCAGCAACAACAACAACAAAUUCAAAAUGAUCUUCAAAUGUCCGAAUCAUCCACAGAAUCGACACCAAUUUUAUCCACUUAUCAAACAACGUUAAAUGGAUUGCCAACAACAUCAUCAUCAAAUCAUUUAUUUCAAUUGACAAUACCUUUGUAUAUUCCCGAAGAUUUUCCAACAACUUUAUUAUUCAAUAGUAAUACGGAUACAUCAAAUAUUGGUACAACAGAUAGUAGCAGCAGUAGUAGUAGUAUCAGUAGUAGUACAAUAUAUGAACCAUUUGUACCACUUGAAACAUUUGAUAAUAAUCCAAUAAUAACGGCCGAAUCAAGUUUUCAUUCACCAAAUAUUCAAUAUAUACCAUCAUCAUCAUCAUCAACGCCAUUUGAACAAAUCGGCACAAGACUUAUUCUUCUUGAUCAAUUAUUGCGUGAAGCUAUUCAAGCUAGACAACGACAACAGCAAAAUAAUAAAUACAAAACUUUGGCAACCAAUACAAAACAAACAUCAAAUCAUCAUUUUAUAUUAAAUUCUCCAAAAGAAAUUUUUGAAACUUCUGAAAAUCGUAACCAAAAACAAUUGCAUAGGCCAUUCUGGCUGGAUCUUGUUGAACCACGUCUACGGAAUAAUAUUCCAUCAUAUCAACCAUCAUAUCCAUUAUAUUGGAAUGAUUUAAACAUUAAAUCCAAAAUACCAUCUGAUCAAUUGAUAAAAAAUAAUCCUAAAUUAAAAGAUAAAGAAAAAACAGCGACGACGACGACAACGACGACGACGACGAUGGCGACAACAAAAGCUAAUUGGCCAUAUAAUUCACGUUAUGAACCUGAACAAAUUGUAAAUAAUGAUGAUGAUGAUGACGAGGAAAUUGAUUUGGAUGAAGAUAACGAUGAUAAUGAUGAUGGUGAUCAUCUGAAAUUGUCGGAAACCAAGAUAAAAAAUAAUACAAAAUCCAAUGCCAGUACGGCAAUUAUUGGAAGACAAAUUGAGCCUGGUUUUUUUAAUUUUUCCGAUUGGAGACCUCCAAUGUUGGACAAAACAAUGAAUAAUAUGGACGAUGAAACCAAACAACAACAACAACAACGAGAAGCAAGAACAAUGGAUUUUAUACCAUUGACCGAUGUUCAACAGCCAAGUUCUAGCCAUUUGAAUCCAAUACGAAUAAUAAAUAAAAAUGAUGAUGAAAAACAAGAAAAAAAUGAAAAAGAUUUCAUCGAGAAUAUGUUGCCAAUGGAACAUCGUAAAGUGGAGAAUAAAAUCCAAUACGACAAUGGUAAUGAUUCAUCAGCAACGGAUAUGAAACAAGAAGGAAAAAAUGAAUAUUAUGCUGAUAAAGGACAUUUUAAACAUGGCUGGAAAAAUGUAUAUCAUAAAGAAGAAUGGGGCGAAGCGAAUAAAUAUCAUGAUAUCUGGAGGUAUAAAGAUUGGAAAAAUCGUUAUUACAAUCAAAAAGAACACGAUGAAAAUGAAUCAGGAAAAACUACAUCCAUGGAAACAACAAACAACAACGAAAAUGACGACAAUGAUGAUGAUGAUUAGAAAAAAUAAAAAUAAAGGUUGUCCUCAUCAACAAACGGAUUUUUUUUCCCACACAAUGGCUUGAAGCAAUUAGCAAAAAACUAUCAUCUUUUCUUUUGUUUCUUACUACAAGAAGACAAUUCUUCAAUUAUAUUCGAUGCUAAUGAUGAUUGCUAUUGCUGUUGUUGUUGUGGAAAAAUCACCUUUUUGGAUCAAUAUUCUGAAACAAAAA